CUCACGACAUUGGAAAUGGAAAGCCAGAGUGGCCGUUUCUUCCUUGAGAUUCCCUCUUCUCGCCUUCUUUUUAAACCCUCUCAUCGUUCUCAAAAUCAAAUUCCAGAAACAAAAGUAGAAGAAGACGGAAUGGAGAUUUUAAGAGUCGGGUUUGCAGUAAUGGCCGUUGUUGCAUUGGCGGUGAAUCUGUUUGCACCUUCCAUGAAUGCUCAGAGCCUCGCUCCUGCACCUCCACCCACCAGCGAUGGGGCGACGCUUGAUCAGGGAAUUGCUUGUAUUUUGAUGCUGGUUGCUCUGGUGAUCACGUAUAUCAUUCACUGAUGCUGAUGAUCUUCGUUCAGACUGCUUUUUUUUCCAUCUUCUGUUUGCGAUGAGAGCUUGUAAUUAUUCCCUCUUCUUU